UCUGAGGCUCAGCUGCAAAUAGAAGCAGUUUCUGUGUUAAUAAAUAGGAUCAAAAUGCUCCACCUUUUCCCUCUUAACAUCAGAAAAACUCAAAAACCAGAAUUCUAAUGGCGGAGACGGGAGACCCCGCUAUGUCUUCCAAAAGCUACGAAUGAAUGAUAGUCUCUCUGCAUGGUGGAAUUCGCGUCGGAUUCACGAAGUUGAGGAAGGAUUCGAGAGGGGGGAGGGGUAAGGGUUUUACGAGUCCACGUCUGAUUCUAUUCUGACGUGCUGGAGGUCGAUAAUGGAAGGCUUGCGUGCGAUUUCGUAGCUCAAAAUCUACGUCUACUUGCUGUGAUUUGAAGAUAAGCUUCUGGAUUCCGCUCGAAGCUGAAGCUAAUCCAUCUAUCUUUCUGAAGUCGUCGGAGCUCUUCUCGAUUUAUAGGUUCCUUGGAAGUUGGAACUGACUACAUGCAGCAGGGGCACCACAGCUGGUCCUAGAGAACUACUGUAUUUUCAGGUUUCAGAUCAAUAUUGGCUUACAUUCUGCAACAGACCAACAACUCUAGCAGUCUAGCCCACUAGAGCUUCUGUUCUUCAGCCAGCUCUUGGAUCAACCAUGAAUGCGUUGGCGGCCACCAAUAGAAAUUUUAAGCUGGCAGCCAGGCUUCUGGGAUUGGACUCGAAACUCGAGAAGAGUUUACUAAUUCCCUUCAGAGAGAUCAAGGUUGAAUGCACCAUCCCCAAAGAUGAUGGCACAUUGGCUUCUUUUGUUGGGUUCAGGGUUCAGCAUGAUAAUGCAAGAGGCCCCAUGAAAGGAGGAAUUAGAUACCACCCAGAGGUUGAUCCAGAUGAGGUGAAUGCUCUAGCACAGCUAAUGACAUGGAAGACAGCAGUAGCAAAUAUUCCAUAUGGUGGUGCUAAAGGGGGAAUAGGAUGUGAUCCAGGGAAACUAAGCAUAUCUGAGCUAGAGAGACUCACUAGAGUUUUCACUCAAAAAAUCCAUGAUCUAAUUGGAGUCCAUACGGAUGUUCCAGCACCUGAUAUGGGAACAAAUGCACAGACAAUGGCAUGGAUACUAGAUGAAUAUUCAAAGUUUCAUGGCUAUUCACCUGCAAUUGUGACUGGAAAACCUGUUGAUCUAGGUGGAUCUCUGGGUAGGGAAGCAGCUACAGGAAGAGGAGUACUUUAUGCAACAGAAUCCCUGCUUCAAGAAUAUGGAAAGAGCAUCUCAGAUCAGCGAUUUGUUAUACAGGGGUUUGGUAAUGUAGGCUCCUGGGCUGCUAAACUAAUCAGUGAAAAUGGUGGGAAGAUUGUGGCAGUAAGUGAUAUUACAGGUGCAAUAAAGAAUAGCAAAGGGCUUGAUGUACCAAAACUACUCAAACAUUCUAAAGAACAGCGUGGAAUCAAAGGUUUCGAUGGUGGAGAUCCCAUUGAUCCAAAAUCAAUAUUGGUCGAGGACUGUGACGUACUCAUCCCAGCAGCCCUUGGUGGUGUUAUCAACAGGGAAAACGCAAAUGAAAUCAAAGCCAAGUUCAUUAUAGAGGCAGCUAACCAUCCAACUGACCCAGAGGCUGAUGAGAUUUUAGAAAAGAAAGGUGUUGUAAUUCUUCCAGACAUAUUUGCGAACUCAGGUGGAGUUACUGUGAGUUAUUUCGAGUGGGUUCAGAAUAUCCAAGGAUUUAUGUGGGAAGAGGAAAAAGUGAAUAAUGAGCUUAAGACAUACAUGACCAAGGGCUUCAAGGAUGUGAAGGAGAUGUGCAAAACCCACAACUGUGAUCUCCGCAUGGGUGCCUUCACUCUUGGUGUUAACAGGGUUGCACGAGCAACCGUUCUCAGAGGUUGGGAAGCCUAAGCUGUAAUGAGGAUGAACAUGAUGAGAAUGACAAAGACCUUAAUUUCCUUCCCCUUUUUUCACUUUACCAGAAAAAUAAGGUUCCUUUGCCUGCCAAGAACUUGGCAUGAGCUUCUCUAAUUUUAUAUAUUGCUCUACAGCUGCUUUUGUUUUUCAUUGUUUUUGUCUAACAUUUAUGGUUUGAUUGUCAACUGAGAAUCAAUACAAGUGAUGCCAUCUCUUCUUUGUGGAA